AUGGUGAACCCCAUGAAGAUGGGUUUGGUUUCGGUUGAUAUUGAAGAUCAUGUGCUGAAAGCUUUACUUGUAUGCUUUCCCUUCCACCUCCACCUCCACCUCCACCUCCACAUUCGCCUCCAACCCCAACCCCACCCCCACCCACCCAGAAAGCACACAACUUCAAUAUCUCUCGACGAAAUUGUGAUAUCAAAACAAGCUGUGAAUCAACAAAAUCGAGCACCAAACAAGCCAAAUCCAGACGAGAAAAGAUCAACAAACCCACCAAGAUUUCACAAGCCUCACCCUCGCCGGACCAACCCAGUUAUAUGGUGUACUUCGAUUCUGUGUCUCAUAUUUAGCCUCAUUCUCAUCUUCUUUGGAGUAGCAACUUUGGUCAUCUUUAUUGCCAUUAAACCACGAAACCCAGCAUUUGACAUUCCUAACGCAAACCUCAACACCAUCUAUUUCGACUCACCGGAGUACUUCAAUGGGGACUUCACUUUCCUUGCAAAUUUCUCCAACCCAAAUCGGAAAAUCGAUGUAAGGUUUGAGUAUUUGGAUAUAGAGCUUUUUUUUGCCGACAGGCUCAUAGCAACCCAAGCUGUUCAGCCUUUCACUCAAAGACGAGGCGAAAAGAGGUUGGAAUCAGUUCACUUCAUAUCCAGCUUAGUGUUUUUGCCCCAGAAUCUUGCAGUGGAGCUUCAAAAGCAAGUUCAGAGCAACAGAAUCACCUACAGCGUAAGAGGAACUUACAGGGUGAGAGCCACUCUUGGUCUGAUUCAUUAUUCUUUCUGGUUGCAUAGCAGAUGCCAAGUAGAGAUGACUGGUCCGCCAACCGGCGUUCUACUUGCCCGAAGCUGCAGAACAAAGCGAUGAAGAAACAGAGCAUAGUUCUGCAGCUUGCAAAUAUAGCCGGAGACCUGUGAAUGUGAAUGGAAGCAUGUUAGAACCAACCUUCUAAACAGACUGCUGAAAGGAGGAGUUAUCUGCAAUUUUAAGCACGCACUUGUAGGUUUUAGUACUGGAGGACAACUUGCAGAAAAAGGCUAAAAGAGAUCUGUGGAGAAUCAACUAGAAUUGUCCACAUUAUCUACUUUUGCUUUUCCUUUACCUGUGAUCAUGCUCUCACUUUAUUCAAACACUAUCCAUAUAAUAAUUUAUUUAUUAAUCUUUUAGUCUAUUUAAUCUGAAAACAUGGCCAGGUUUAGAGUUUUUAAAGGUAGCAGUUGAAUUUAAUUCUAAGAAUGCAUAGGAAAUAUUCCUAGAUCAGUCGUAUCUCCAAAAUCAGCCCUAAAGAUUCCCAAAAAACACAUUUAUAAUAGUGUAAUGCUAUUUAAUGAACUGUUAUAAAAUUGACAUACAAC